GUCUUCCAAGUAAUUGGGCCAUUUCUAGGUUGAAGUUGCACUUUGAUCCGUCUGUUUAUAGCAAACAUUCAAGACCAAUAUAAUAAGAACUAUAUUAGUCUAUUAUUAUGUUUCAUAUCUACAUGUGUUUCACACCUCCUUUUUUGUCCUCACCAUGGAUCUUCUUCGAAAUUGGCGAGUUAAUAGUCAAUAAUUCUAUAAAAAUUAGUCACCAAAUGGUCAUAAGACUGUUACUCAAAUUCCAAUAGAUAUAUUUAUUUAUUGUUGAUUAUAAACUGCUAAUACCAUCAUCGUGAAUUAGAUACACCAACUGUGUAUUACCAGGCUGUCUUUUCUCGUUUCCUCUGUUAAACUAUUCCUCUUGGACUGAACAUUAAGCAUGCUUGCAAGCAAUCCCUUGUCAUAUUGACAAUCGAACGGCAGAUGAAUGUCAAACUUGGUGUACUGCAUUUUGUCGUGAACUAUCGGCUACCAUCUGCUCAAGUCUUCAUUCAUAACUAAUUUUUCAGGUGAGCAACGUUGCUGAGUGCUGACCGAAGUCACAAGACAUCAGUCAUCAGCAGCUACGUCAGUCGUGGAAAUUUGUGGUUAAAUUAGAUCACCAUGUUCCAGGAUGUAGACGUUCCAUACAUCAGGGAUAUUCUCUGGUCGACCUGUGUGUUAUAAGCAUUGAAAUAGUAUUAAAGCGGUGUUCCACGAGGAACCCUUUUUGGAAUAAAUGCUUUGCUUCGUAAUCGUCAUUUCCUUGGAAAAUUCGGGAGAUGGAAACACGUUUUCCACGGAAUCAUAAGAUAAAUAAAGAUGGCGAAGGCUUCACAGUCAGUGGAAAAGAGAACUCUGAGAAAAGGUUCAUGGAGUCCCGACGAAGACCGCAAAUUGAUAGCUUAUAUUAAUAGACAUGGUAUCUGGAAUUGGACAGAGAUGGCCAAACCAGCAGGAUUGCAAAGGUCUGGGAAGAGUUGCAGACUUCGUUGGGUGAAUUACCUGAGGCCUGGAAUCAAGCGUGGAAAUUUCACUAGGGAAGAGGAUGAAACCAUAAUUGAGCUGCAUGAAAGGCUUGGAAAUCGAUGGUCAGUGAUUGCAUCAAGGUUGCCUGGAAGAACUGAUAAUGAGAUUAAAAAUCAUUGGCAUACUCACUUGAGAAAACGUUUGAAGUACAAUUCAGUGUCGACUAGUGAACUUUUCCAAAUAUCCAACGUUGAAACCGGAAAGAAGAGCUCAUCCGAAGUUGAUCUCCCACCAGCCAUUGCUCCAGCAAAUUCAGAAAGCUCGAGUGCAAUCCAGCUCUCCCAACAAUUUUCGACCGACAGUUUACCUUCAUCAGGCUCCAAACCUGCAGCCGAAAUCGACAGGUACCAAACAACUGAAGACACCCUUGUUUCAUCCGAAACAUUUGGAGAACUCCAAAGCAUAUUGGAGCAGCCAUUCACUGCAGAAGGAUCAUCCACAGCAGACAAUUAUGGGGCCAUUUAUGCAGAGCCUGGAAUUUCUGCAACCAGCUGUUAGCUGUUGUGGUUCCAAGAGCUCAUGUAUGAGGGUAAUUCCUGCAAUGAUCUUUGGCUCAAUUUUUUGGUGAAAGAAGACAUGUAUGCAGGUUAACAAUCUCCAUGCCACUCUUUAAUUUUAGUAAGUGUUCAUAAAUAAUGGUGCACGGUUCUGCAAGUGUUGACUAGAGGCAUUGGGCUAGUGGCAUUGGAUGGAUGCUAGCUCCUUUUCAUGUACUUAUUAACUCCAACAAAGAUUGCCGCUUAAAAUAUAUGAAGAGAGGGCAAUAGGAUCAAAGAGAAUUUUUACGAGUCACUUCCUUUAGUUUUUCAUUUUAAUUUUUGGGUGAAAUCUGCAUUUCCCAUUGGAAAAAACCAAGCUCCAGAAAUAUUGUGAAAGUACAGGAAAUGGCAGAAACAACUUUAUACAGGGAAA